AUGAAUUAUCUAUUUGCGCGUAAAAUGGAAGGAAAAUGGGUACUGCGAAUCGAAGACACGGACCGGUCGCGUUGGGUGCCUGGUGCACAAGAAUCUCUUCAAGAGUCUUUAAGAUGGACAGGCCUUGAGUAUGAUGAGGGUCCCGACAAAGGGGGUCCUUUUGGCCCAUAUAUUCAGUCGGAACGUCUGGAACUGUACAAAGCAUACGUUCAACGACUACUUCUAAAUGGUCGAGCCUACCGGGAUUUUCGUGCGCCUUCUUCUCGAAAUCUAGAUGCACGUUCUUCAGCUCUUUUGCGAGAGGCCUAUAUACCACCUAGUGAAGAUGAGGCGCAAGAACGUAUCCACAAGGGCGAGUUAUGGAACCUGGGCGUGUAUUUACCUACGAAGAUGUGGUAUACGGCCACAUGA